AUGGCCACCAAUACCCGGUCAAGAGUGAAAGGGAGUGGGGGUGGUGUGGUCGAAACCGUAGAGGGCGACGGUGACGGCCGCUUGCUGAUUGGUCAAAGCGUACCACGUGGUCAUUCGCAAAAGUGUCUAUCCCUGCACGCCCGUGAGAAUUUCGCGCACCCAAAUUGUCUAACCCACGAUAUAAAGUUGAAUGUACCAAACUAUGGUGAAGUAACAAUUGACAUCAGCUACGGGGGUGCCUUCUAUGCCUUAGUCUCUGCAGACCAACUUGGUCUUGACCUCGGAAAAUCUUCUUUCCAAAGCAUCCAGGCAGCUGGAACAGCUGUUACCAUGGCAACCAAGGAUGCAGUGAUCCUGGAACAUCCAGACAGCCCAAACCUCGCCUUCCUUUAUGGGACUAUCAUCACAGAUGGAGAGGAUACUUGGAGCGAGGAGCCAACGACCAAUAUUUGUAAUUUUGCUGAUUCUCAGAUUGACAAAUCCCCCUGUGGGUCAGGUGUCACUGCCCGCAUCGCUCUUCAGCUUCAUAAAGGACUGAUAGAUUUGGACCAGACUAGAUCCUUUAGGAGUGGGGUCACAGGAACAACAUUCACAGGAAAAGCAGUGGAAAAGACUAAGGUGAGCCGCUUUGACGCAGUUGUGGUUGAAAUAUCAGGAAAAGGGCACUACGUAGGAGAAAGCACCUUUAUAUGUGAAGACGAUGAUGAAUUGGGAAAAGGAUUUGUUUCGAUAGAGCACUUUUUAGAGGACUCAAAAUAAUCAAGUGAAAUAAAAACAUUUGUCCAUCUUAUUGAGGACAGGUUCCGGUUUUUGUCUCACCUGCAAAGCAGAGUGAGACUAAAGGCAGCGCUUUUCUGAUGGCGAUGGCGGCUGCGUCAACAUCAAAUUUAUGAAAUGACAUCAUCAACUUAAAAAGUAUAUGGACCCAGUUCAUGAAUCUUUUAC